AUGCAGGGUAUCAUCGGCAUCCUCCGCACUGCCAUCCUGCUCCUCGUCGGCCUCGCGUGGUGUGGUGUGCUCGUCGCCGCCGGCGGCGGGGUGGACGGCGUGUUCAACGUCGAGGACUACGGUGCUCUAGGUGACGGGACCACGGACGACACCAAGGCGUUCGUGGAUGCAUGGGUGGCGGCGUGCGGCGCCACUGGCUCGUCGGCGACGCUGCUCGUGCCGGCGGAAAAGUCAUUCCUCGUCGGCCUCACCAGGUUUAGUGGGCCAUGCGCCUCCAGCAGAAUCACCGUCCAGGUCUUGGGCACGAUCACGGCGCCGCCGGCGAGCGCAUGGAGCGAGAAGAAGAACUAUUGGCUGCUGUUCUACCAGGUCGACGGGCUCACGGUAACCGGCAACAGCACCGGCUUGCUCGACGGCAGCGGCGUGACGUGGUGGAGCGAUAAAUGCAAACACAGUGAUGAUGAUUGUGUAACUAAGGCACCGACGGCCUUGUUGGUCAUGAACUGCACCGGCGUGGAGCUGAGCCAAUUCAGCAGCAAGGACAGCCCGCAGAUGCACAUCGGCCUCAGCAUGAGCGGCAAGGUCAACGUGACGCAGCUCACCAUCACCGCGCCGGAGGACAGCCCCAACACCGACGGCAUCCACGUCGACCGGAGCGAAGACGUCCACAUCACCGGUUCCACCAUCGGCACGGGCGACGACUGCAUCUCCAUCGGCCCUGGUAGCCGCUUCGUCACCGUCGACGGAAUCGUCUGCGGCCCCGGCCAUGGUGUAAGUGUGGGGAGCCUGGGCAGGGAUGGAGCAAACGAAUCCGUGGAGUACAUCGACGUGAGAAACGUCCAGUUCAUCAACACGACGAAUGGAGCAAGGAUCAAGACGUGGAGGGGUGGGAGAGGUUACGCGAAAUCCAUCUCCUUCACCAACAUAAACUUCACCAACGUGGACCAUCCUGUGAUCAUCAACCAGUUCUACGAAGAUCGCCAAGACGUCUCAAAUACGGGGGCGGUGGCGCUGAGCAACAUAACCUACACGAACCUCAACGGGACGUCGACGCGAAAGACGGCCGUCGACUUCGACUGCAGCAAGAACGGCAGCUGCAUGGACAUCCACGUCAACAGCGUGGCGAUCACGGCGGCGGACGGCGGAGCAACCGUGGCCCGCUGCCAGAACGCGGACGUGGACACCUCCGGGUUCGUCUACCCGAAGAUCCCUUGCGUAGCUAACGCUGCAUCGCCCAGCCCAGGGCUUAGCACCUAGCAAUGCUGUUGGGCGUUUGUACAUGGAUGUGAACGCACGGUGUACCUAGCUAUGCUGCAAGCCUUCUCUUCCUUUUUUGGGCUUACUGUGAAAGCUUUACUGCAAGGUGUAGCGCCAUGUAUAUUGCCCAGUUACUUUUUUUUUUCUUAGGGAGCAGGAUUUUGUUGAGCACGAAAGGUCUACCCCGAUAGAAAAUGGA